AUGAAUAACGUCACAAAAGAGGAGCGCGCUUUUCCGCUUGCCUACAGCAUUGUUCUCUACAAGGAGGCAGUCCAAGUCGAGAACCUAUUACGCGCCAUCUAUCGGCCACACAACUAUUACUGUAUUCAUGUGGACCGAAGUUCCAAUCCUUUAGUGAUUAGCGAUAUCCGUGCAAUUGUUCGUUGUCUGCCAAAUGUCAUCGUCGCAUCGCGUCUGGUCGACGUCGAGUGGGGCAAGUUUUCCGAGACGGAGGCCGAACUGGUGUGCAUGAGAGACUUGCUUCAAAAGUACAAGGACUGGAAAUACUUUAUUAAUUUAACUGGUCAGGAAUAUCCCUUAAAGACAAAUCUGCAGAUUGUGCGCAUUCUUCAGUCUUUCAAAGGGGCAAAUGAUAUUGCAGGUGUCCGAAGCAGAGAAUAUGAAUUUCGCACAAAGUUUGUUUUUGUCAAUUUCCGGCCACGUCAGAAGAAGGGACCACCACCCCAUAACAUCACCGUGUCUAAGGGCAGCAUUCACAUAACGGCGUCACGUGGAUACGUGAACUUUCUCUUGAACGAUCGACGAGCACAGGAUUUUACCAAUUGGGUCAAAGAUACAAGAAACCCUGACGAAACCCUCUUCACAUCCUUAAACCACAACCCACAUCUCAAAGUGCCCGGGUCGUUCGCAGGCACCAACAUCGAAAAGAAACCUUUUAUUUCCCGCCAUAAACUCUGGAGAAACGUCAAUCCGCAGAGUUGCCAUGGCAAGUGGCUUCGGUCAGUGUGCGUAUUCGGCCCUGGAGACCUGCGAGAAUUGACCAGUACUAUCAAACUGUUUGCCAAUAAAUUUGAAUGGGGGUUCAAGCCUCUGACUCUGCAAUGUCUAAGUGAAUGGCACUUCAAUCGAACGAGAGACGAAUAUCAGGGCCUUUACUACUUCAGCGCAAGCAGAUACAAAAAUAUGCCUCAGGUUGUUCAUCGGAUUACGUAG